AUGGAGGCCCUCAACGACGCAGACAAGAAUGGCCUGAGGAAUGCAAACUGUGGAUUCCAGAAGCGUCCCAGGAGCGGCUUUCGCCCACUUCGCUUCCCCAAACUCGGCCUGCAACCCGCGGGUGGGAGACAAAAGAGGGGCCGGCGGGGGUACGCGGCGCGGGGUGCUGUGGGUCUCUGGCAGGGCGGUCACGGCCCAGCGCGCGCCGAGGCCUGCGGAGCUGGCGGGGCCGGGCCGGGCAGCCCCUGGCUCCGGCCUCUGCGCGCCCGGCUGCCUCCGCAGCUUCGCCGGAGCCCCGCCGGCCUCCCCGCGGCGGCCAACCCCUCCCGGCCCGCACGCGCACUCCCAACUCACCCGGACUCCAAGGAACUCAUCCUCCAGCCCUCGGCGCGGAGCGGGUGGGCGCGGCGAGCCGCCGGGGCGAAGCGGGGCCCUGCUCGGCCUCCGCCCUCGGCGUGCAGCGGCCCCGACCCGGUCGCCCCUCGAUUGGGCCGUGCGAUCUUCGCCGCGCGCGGACUGACGCGCCGAACCCUAGCCUUCCUGCCCGCCCUUGGCCCUCCUCCCUCUUCGCUCCUGCCUCCUCCCUCCUCCUUCGCCAAGCCCGGCAGGCGGAUUCCAAUCUCUGCAGCCGCCGCCGCCACCGCCGACUCUCGCCAGGAGGGGAGGGGGCGGCGCGGGUGCGGGGUCCUGGGGGAGGGGCGGGCGUCGCGGGCCUUGCACGGCGCGCGCGCACUGGGAGGGCGCCCGCCCGCGCCGCGCGCACCCGACCCCGGGCGCCGGCCCCGCCCCACCCCGCCCCGCCCCGCCCCGCCCUGGACACGAAAGGAGCCGAGCGCACGGCGGAAGCGCCCGAAGGGGUCGCGGAGCCCGGCGUCCCGCUGCCGGAGAGUAGGGCCAGCCGCCGGCAAGGGGGCGCCGAGCUGCUGGUGGUGCGGGCGGGUGGAGUCUUCUCCUCCGAGCGGGCCCGCCGGCCCCUCACCACACGCCCGCAGACGCGGUAGGGCGCACGCGAUGGAACGCGGCGGAGGGGAGUGCGGACGCGGCUGCGGCGCCCUGCGGCCAUCGGCGCCCGGGAUGCCCGCUCUUGUGGGCUCCUUCGCGUGGACCCCUCCUCCGGCCGACACUCACACUGCAGUGAACGCCAGUCAGCUGGCGUGAAAUAAGCAGGUCGCUGGGAAGGCACCAAGUCACCAAGAUGUGGUGUAUCACCAGUGUGACCGGGCAUACUAGUUUACCCAUCGGAUAUGUUGGAGGUACCUGACCCUGUGCUUGACUCAGAAAUUCAGAGAACAGGAACUGUCUCAUUCUCACUCCAUUGUAUCCAGCGUGCUGCUUGGCACACCAGUAAGUAGUCAGUAAGUAUUUAUUAAAUAAAUGAGAUACUUAAUUUUGUUCUCUGUUGGUAGUUUGCCCUGGCGCAUUUCUUUUUAUUUCUAUUAACCAAGGCAGGGUUAGGUGUUUUGUUUUGGUUUGGUUUUCCAUAUUUUUGAGGAUUAAUGAUAAAGCACUUAUCUUGUUGGAAUGAGAGUCUACUAACAAAUCCUGUACAUCAUAACAGGACUAUCGUCUAACAACUUUUUCUCAAUAAGUAAACUUUAAAACAACUUCCUUUAUUUUUUCAAAGGGAUACAUAGUCAUAUAUGUAACCAGUAACCAAUACUUGUCAGUGUUUUUUUAAAAUGUAGAUUAUUUUCCAUUUAGUUUGCUACCUACCUUAAAGCCCCUCUUCCUCCGAUCCUGAAUGCUGCUAGCUCUCCUUCUAAUUGGUCAUUCCCUCUUUCAAUUAAUGUUGCCCAAUUGUUUAGAUUUCUAUUGUGAAACACCGGUCCCAUUAAAUCUGAAAACACUGCUAUAGAGCAACAUUUCAUUAGACUGGUCUCACUACUUUCUGAAGAAUGGACCAUAUUCAUUCUCCAUUUAAUGCCCUUCUCCUCCCUAUACUGCCUGAGAAGUACCUCUUCCAAGAAGUCAUCUUUGACUACUCCAUCCUCAAUGCCUUAGGAUUUUCUCUCAAUGGUCUACAUCACUGACUUUCCACAUAGCUUAGCUGUUCCUAUGUCUUUCUCCCAAAUAAGUUUUCAUACCUUUGUUCUUCAACAUAAAUAGGGGCCUCUCAGCCUGAGGGAGACAGGUUAGCGAAUACCAAAAUACACGUGAUAUCAAAGAAGCAGUCCCAGGCCACUGGAGCUUACCAGUUGUUGAAUCCUUGCUUCUGCGAAUCCAUUGUUUUCAAAGUUGACAGGUAGUUGCAAACUCCUUGAUGCAUCUGCUGUGCUGUUGCAUCCUCCCUGCUGUCUAUCUCCCCUACAUAGGUACCACUGUCGCCAUGGUCACGGUACUGAGCACCAGGGUUGCUAGGUUGCGCAACUUUAAGGGGGUGCCAUUCACAACCUGCCUGAUAUGAAUGGUGCUCCAUGGAAUUAUGCAUUGCAACAUCUGCACAUGAUUCUACCAAACACCAGAAAGUUCUACUCCAAUGGUGGGGGUGGGGGGCUAAUCCCUGGCUUGCUUAAAGAACCCACUUUUUUGUUGUGUAACAUUAUAUACUUUUCAGGACAUUUGACAAGAUAUGUUUAAGCAUUUGUUAACUUUGUAUUAUAAAAUAUGUGUGUUUAUAAAAAAAAAAGAUUAUCCCAAAAUAAAGAGAAAAUGUUGGCAGUACUCUGUGGUGGCCUAA